AAGCAACAACAAAACUCAGAGUGAUGAACAUUGACGAGUUGGCGCAGCUCGCUCAGCGCGCGUUGAACUGGUGCAGACUGUACGUCCACGGCUGGUCCAAUCUCACGCCCGAGCAGUUCGAGUUCUCUCCCAUCAAAGGCGGAUUGUCAAACCAGCUGUAUCGCUGCGUCAAUCGCAACCGAGUGGGAGUGCCUGCGACAGCGUCAGCCUCCGACGACCAGGAGGUUCCGUCCUGCGUCCUGCUGCGGCUGUAUGGCGGUGACAGUGCAUUCGUCUCCCGAGAACAUGACAACAUUAUCUUUGCCAUUCUGGCUGAGCGGCGAGUAGGGCCCGAGCUCCACGGCAUCUUCACGGAAGGCCGCAUCGAAGAAUUCAUCGAGUCACGAACGCUGCAGCGGAAAGACCUCGCGAUUGCCGACCUGUCGCGCAACAUUGCUCGUCGACUCGCCGCGUUUCAUUCGUUCCCUCUCCCGCUGUCGAAGCAGCCGUGCCUGUUUGUCUACAUUGAGCGGUGGCAAGCCAUGGCGGCCGAGGUGUUGAGAGUGUCGAUGGCAGAGGCUCAACCAGCACUGGCCAGCUCGCAGCUGGCCGUUCCACCGGCGCAGCCGUCCCGAUCGCGCAGCAAUUCCGACCUCAACGACGGUCUAGCACGCAUUCGUUCGACUCACUCUGGUACAAAUAUUCCCGAUCGCGUCGGUCGCACCGCCACGCGCGAGUCUCCCAUCAACGUGACGCGCCCUCUGUCCGCCAACGAUCUGAAGCUCUUGUUGGAUUUGACCACGACCGAUUUUGGCACUGCAGAGGCUCAGUGGCUCAAGGCGUUUUUGCUUCGGGUUCCGUCUCCUGUUGUAUUUUGCCACAACGACCUUCAGGAGGGAAACAUUCUCGAACCAAGCUCUGCUCGCGACACAAGCUUCCGCCGCCGGCCACUGCGAUUCAUCGACUACGAGUACGGCGCGUACAACUACCGCGCCUUUGACAUUGCCAACCAUUUUUGCGAAUGGAGCAUUGACUAUAACGUGGACGCGGCGCCGUACUUUUCCAUCACUGGGAAGGACUUUCCAACGCGUGCGCAGCAAGAGAUUUUCAUCCAAAGCUAUCUCAGUGCGUGGGAAUGCGUCGACGAUCGCGUCGCAGCCUCCUUGUUUGAAGGCGAUGACGAUGACAGCGAUCGACCAACAGCGACUGCAACAACAACAACAGCCGCCGCGUCUGCCGCUCCCCAGGUCCGACGCGCAGCAUCCAUUCGCACCUCUCCAAUCACGCCGGACGAGGUUGCUCGCGUGGUCCGUGAGGUCAACGCCUACGUCUUGGCGUCGCAUUUCAUGUGGUCGGUGUGGUCGAUUGUUCAGGCCGCGACCUCCGACAUUGCCUUUGGCUAUGUCGAGUACGCCGUGCAGCGUCUUGAGGUGUAUUUUGCGCUCAAAGCGCAGCUCCUUGCGUCUGGGGAGUAUUCCGACGACCAGUCGCACUGAGGCGUUUUUGCUCCCUUUCGGGGUGUCCGCGCUUUUCGUUCUCCGGUUUUCAGGGUUUUCAGUUGUUGCUCUGUUUUGUGUUGUCUUUCUCGGCGUGUGUGUGUGUUCGUACUCCAAUUCACUUGGCCGUCUCUUAUUCACCAUCGUCCUCUUUGCUUUUUCGCACAUGGUGUGAUUGCGCUUUCCUAACAACGACAAUUUCGCCGUUUUUG